AUGGCAGUACAGAUUUUUUUAUUUUCAGGAAGUCAGAAGACCUCACACUUGAUUGAGUUAGUUUCAGAGAUGUGCCAAAAUGACAUCAACACGACAAACUCGGUCAACUGCUCUGUUGAUGACUUCAAGCAAGCUGUUUAUCCCACAGUAUAUCUCACAAUAUUUCCCUUAGGUGUCUUGGGAAAUGGCGUUUCCAUAUAUGUUUUCCUGAAGCUUUACAGGAAAAAGAGUCCAGUGAAUGUUUUCAUGCUGAACUUGGCUAUUUCAGACCUCCUGUUUGUGUGGACUUUACCCUUCCGGGCCUCCUACUACCUGAGGAACUCUCAAUGGGUAUUUGGGGAUAUAUUUUGCAGGAUUGUGUCUUAUUCCUUGUAUGUCAAUAUGUACUGCAGCAUUUAUUUUCUAACUGUGCUGAGCAUUGUUCGUUUUGUGGCUAUUGUUCAUCCUUUCAAACAUUUGAAACUAACCGCCAUCAAGUAUUCUAGAAUCAUAUGUGCGGUGAUAUGGGGUUUUGUGAUGACAGUUAGCAUUGUGCUGCUGUUCAAGGGAUGCACCAGCCCGGAGUACCCAUGCAGGUGCUUAGAUCUCCAAGAGGAGAGCGUAAAGAAGAUGCUCGUGAUGAACUGUAUUGUCCUGGUAGUGGGUUUCUUCCUCCCAUUUUGCACAAUAAUUUGCUGCUAUGUGCUUGUGAUCAAAGCUUUGCUUAAGCCCAGGGUUCCAAAAGCGAAGAUAAGAGCUUCUCAUAAGAAGGCAGUGUCAACCAUCGUCAUCACUUUAUUCAUGUUUCUGCUUUGUUUCCUGCCAUAUCACAUACUAAGAACUGUCUACUUGCUGGACAAGUGUAAGGUCAUUAUGGUCAACUCUUGCAAGUUGCUGGCUAAAGGGACAGCCAUCACUCAUUCCCUUGCUGUAAUGAAUAGUUGCCUAGAUCCUGUACUCUACUACUUUGCUGGAGAAAACUUCAAAGAGAGAUUCAAAAGUAUAUAUAAAAGAUAG